UUUGUUCGCUACAUCCAGCGGUCCAUCGCGCAUGAAAGCUAAAAUUACAAUCAGUGGGCUAAUCGUGAAAGGCGUGCGGACAAGAUCACUUCUGCCGACAGUGCUGAUCCGCUCGCGGUAACUUGUACGCGUUAAGACCGGAUACCAUGAGUUCCCUCACAUUUCUGGUAACGGAGCUGCAGUCGCUCGCUAAUGGACCUCAAUCGGACGAUCUCCUCCGUCCCGUCUUCAUGGGAUGCGCCACGAAGAAUGCGAUAGUCGUCGCUAUUUCCCUGGGGUCGCUUCAACGCCUCAUUGCGCUGAAGGCGGUACCGCAGAGCGCCGUACCGCUCAUCGUCACUACUAUGAACGACUGCAUGAACCAGGGAGUCGAUAUACAGCUGCGCAUACUGCAAACCCUACUCUCGCUCAUCACCAACUUCCCGGCUGUUCAUAGCGAACUACUGGGUGACGCUCUCCUGCUAUGCUUCAAGCUCCAGGAAUCGCGCAUAGCGGUCGUAUCGUCAACUGCUGCCGCGACUCUCCGACAAUUGGUUAUGUUUGUCGUGGACAAAGUCGUGGACGAGGACCACCGAGACGAGGUUGAAGUCAGCUCAAUGACAGAGACGACUCUUCCGAAUGGCAAGACCAAGGCUCUCGGCCCAUCUGCUCUCGAUGCCUUUGCUGUAUUCCAGGACCUGUGCUUGCUAGCGAACGCUGAACAUCCUCACUUUUUAAAGCUGAAUGUGCUACGAAAGACCUUUGCGCUGGAGCUCAUCGAGAGCGUGCUGACGAACUAUCAUGAUCUCUUUCGAAAGCAUGACGAGCUUCUACAACUCCUACAGCACCAUCUUUCUCCUUUACUGCUCAAAGCUUUAUCGGACCGGCCAAACUUUCCCCUCACCCUGCGUGCGACGCGAGUUGUUUUCCUGCUGCUAAAGCAGUUCUCCCUCGAGCUCAAGACUGAGUCCGAAGUCUUCCUCAUGCUGCUCAUCAGGAUUGUGAGCGCGGACGGGACCGAUGGUGACCAAAUCGAUCACGCUCACCCACAUGGGCCGCGUCCUUUGUGGAUGCGUGUACUCUCAAUGGAGGUGAUGAGAGGACUUUGCAGUGAUGCCGAGCUGAUGCGUAAGAUCUGGGAACGUUACGACGCAGAGGCUGAGGGUUCGAAAAUCUUCACAUCCCUCGUCACAGCACUGAAGCGCCUCGUGACCGAGAAGCCCGACCUUCUUGGAGUGUGCACAGAGAUGUACGGUGUCGGCGUGCCUACAGGCAGUGGGUCAAGUUCAGAUCUUAGUGCAUAUGGCUUGGAUGUCGGCGGCGUGGCUGGAAUGGUCGCAAAUGCUGCGAGCGCUACGGUAUCAGGUGUUGCAAGCAUGAUGGGCUCUGAGGUUGGGCUCAGUAUGCAAGGAUCAGCGAUGAAGCUGCAAUGCAUCGAUCAACUUGACAAAGCGGAUUCCCCGGGGAUUCCAGAAUCGUACAUCUAUCUGCUCGGAGUUCAGUGUCUCGUCGCACUUUGCGAGGGCUUCUCGGCGUUUACAGGGCCUCUGUACAACACGAUUAUGCUUCAGCGUCCCCGCGCUGCAGGCGAGCCUGUCGUGCGUGCACCCCCUGCGUUGAACAUUGACGCAAUUCCCGCCGAGGAACCAUAUGCGAAACCACUUCGCACCGUCCACGACAUGGUAGAGAGCGGAUGGCCUGCAUUUCUUGCAGCGCUUUCCUUCCUGAUUUCGACCAAUCUCUCCGACGAACUCUUCGUAGACGUCCUAGCAAGUUACCAAGCGCUUACUACGGUCUCAGGCAUGCUCGGGCUUUCUACACCUCGCGACGCCUUCUUCACGAGUCUCGCACAUCUGGCGAUCCCCAUCGGGGUCUUGUCGAGCCUAGACGCUUACCCGCACCUUUCGAUACAUGGCGAUCCCAUCACUCCUCGGAGCACUGCCAGUACAUUCUCAGAGAAUCUUGGCCUCGCUCUUACAGGGUCUGCACCUUUGACACCUCCGGGAUUGUCCGAGCGUAACAUGGCUUGCCUUAAGGUACUCGUUAGUAGCGCGCUGUUCCUUGCUGGCAGUCUGGGCGAUAGCUGGCUGAACAUUUUGGAAGUGCUUCAAAAUGCGGAUUAUGUUCUGUCGGUGAAGGGUGGUCGUCCAUCUGCGUCGAAACGUGCCACCAUCGGACCAGGGUCUGGCGUGUUGCCCGUGGCCCGCACAGGCUCAUUAGGUAAUUCACAAUCGCCAUCGGCUGGCGGUUCAGGUGGCAGUCAGGGCCAAGUGCCAGCCACUCACCCACUUUUGGCUGAUCUGGAUCCGGAGAGCAUGCAGCAUGCGAUUCAGCGCCUUUUUGAUGCGUCGAAGAAUCUCGAUGAUGAUGCGUUCCGGGACUUUGUCAAUGCUCUUUGCAAACUCAGCGCAGCAAUGGUUGAGAUGCAAUCGUCGAACAACGAAACGUUGGUUCGUGACUCUGAAUCAGUAGAUGAUGUGGCGAGCAGUCCUACUUUGUCUCCACCUUCCGACUCGGCACAUCGCAGAAGGGUUAGCGGGCUCCAGAUGCUCCGGACUCCGCUCUCUGGCGACUUUGGGAUCAGCAAACUGGGCGGAAUAGCUACUCUAAACAUUCAUCGCCUCAUCUAUAGAUCCCCCGAGGUCGCCUGGGAUCCUAUCACCGAACAUCUCUUAUCUGUCAUUCUUAAUCAUACUGCUCCUGGUUCUGUGCGUGUCCAAGCUGCCCGUGUUCUCGAUGACAUACUCGUCGUGGUUCCCAGAAAUCUGUCUACCACCGUGAUAUCGGACGGGAUCGCGAUGAACAGUUCGACCAUCGAGGUGCGCCGGAUGGGAUUUGAGACUCUUCACCAGAUCCUCCAGGCGUCUGGACAUACGCUCGUCAUAGGAUGGGAAACCAUUUUCGAGAUGCUGAGCAGUGUCUGCAGGCCCGCGUUUCCCUCAUCAUUAUCUGUGGAGACUGUAGUAGGUGCAUCAUCAACGGCUGAGCCUUCAAAGACAAUCCCACAGCCACUCACGUACACAAGCGAGAAGGGAUACAACACGCUAGUCAAGAUCGCCUUUCAAUCGCUGACUUUGGUUUGUGAUUCUCUGACAUCACUUUCACCUGAGCAUCUCCGGCUAUGCAUCAGCACUCUUGGCCAGUUCGGUCGACAGGCAGAUACCAACAUCGCUCUCACCGCUGCGGAGAGCUUGCUUUGGGGUGUGUCGGACUCGAUACAGGCGAAGCGCAAAGAUUCGGACAAGGAGCCGGAGUAUAGUGAAUUGUGGAUGUUCCUCUUGACGGAGAUCCUAGGCUUAUGCACGGAUGCCCGACCCGAAGUGCGCGUUGGCGCUAUCCAGACAUUGUUCCGUACGCUUCAGCUCUACGGAGCCACGCUCAGCCUAGAGACAUGGGACGCAUGCAUAUGGAAGAUCACGUUCCCGCUCCUCGACGCAAUCACGGCUGGCGUCCGACAAGCCGCAUCUGGCGAACCGGCGCACUUUGGACCCAUACCAGCUGAUCAACAGUGGGACGAGUCGAAGAUCCUCGCAUUGCAGUCCAUCGGCUCCAUAUUCCAUGAGUUUCUCGUCUCCAAGAUCAUGCCACUGGCGUCAUUCGCUGAUGCCUGGGACGUCUUCGUCAGCCGCAUCCGGGAUUCAUGGCUGCAUGACAAUCGGGAUGUGAGUGCCACAGCGGUGCGCUGUAUGGAUAAAGCGAUUAGGGCCUUGGCCGACGUGAACGAAGAUGCCGCAAAUGCAACCGAGGCUGCAUUGGACAGAGUUUGGCGUGCGUGCGAUGAGAUGGGGGAAGCCGUUCAGAUGGGCGGUUCUGAGUGGUCUGUCAAUCGGUCAUCGGUGAAGGAGACCUUCAGGCCGUUCACUCAGGAGAGCCUGAUGGCGUUUGUGGACGUCAUUCGUAGCAUGCGAUCUGUUGCAAAGUCGGUGCACAAGCACGAAUGGGCCAUAGAACAGCUUGAGCGGCUUAUGGCUAUACUCAAAGGUGUCCUCACGUAUCCGGAUUCGCAGGACUUCAGACCUGAUGUGGACGCACUCAGCCCGGUUCAGGGAGCCGUCUUGGAGGUCAUCGAUACUAUCGACCUCAAUGUACCAGGAGCCUCAUCUCUCGUCCUACGAGACCUAUCAGAAUAUGUGACACUGCCGUUCCUUGCAGCGUUCGACAUCCCAGAGCCGAAGCCCUCAUCGGUCCCGGCUCGCUCAGCUCAGUUGCGCAUGGGUCCUAAACAGGUGACCUACAUCGGGUUAUCGAAGAAGGUCAUGCCGAUGCUCGUCAAUCUGUUCAUGCGAUUCAAGGACCAAGCUACAUUGUAUGUCGAUGGGACUCUUGAAAGAAUUUUCUCGGCUUACGGCAUACCGAUCAAGAUGAAAUAUGAGUGCCCUGCGCCGUCAAAGUUUGGUAAAGAUCCUCCGCUAUGGAAGACAGCCACGACUAGCUUCCUCAAGAUCGUCAAAGAAUGUGGACCACAGAUGCAAGCCCUCGGAGAAAGCAUCCCCGAUGACAGAAGAGAAGCUAUAUGGCGGCAAAUCGUUGACACCUUCAGAGGAGGCAUCUUAGCCGACUACUCUCCCGCCGACAGCUUCCCGCUUGACGUCCAAGAAGAAGAAGAGAACUUUGACCUCGCCCUGAUCGCCGCGCUCGAGAUCGACGUGAUCCCCUAUCUCGGGGAAGCCUGCAUCCCGGACUAUCUCAUUCUGCAGCUCGCGCGGAUCCUGCGCCAGGGCAGCCGGCUGCGCGAUGAGGACAGCUAUCUCCCGCCCUCACCAAAGUCGAUCUCGGAAGGCUCGGGCAAGAGACUGUCGCAGGAAUUUGAAAAGAUAGAGCGGUUCGGCGACCCCGAGCUCGCGGUGGGGAGCACCGAGGCGGGGCGGACACUUCCGCGCGAGCGGUUCUCGUAUUGGUGUUUCGACUUGCUGUUCCUCAUCUGCUCUGAUACAGCCAAAGACCGGAUACCCUCACGGCGGCGGGUGGCCACGCUCAGCAUAUCCUCGCUGCUGGAGCGCUGCCGCUCGACCCUGGUGACGUACGUUGCGGACGAGGCACUACGCGGGAACCUUCCAUUCCCAAGGGUCCGCGAAGAGGAGCUGCUUUACGUACUGCAGAAGCUGCUGUCGCUGCAGCUGUGGCCAGGCACGCUCUGGGCGGCGCUGUCCGACUCCCCUUCAAAACACUGCAUCGAGCAGCCAGGGAUCGACCAGUCGCUGGAGGCUGCACAGCUGAUCGCGGACGCGGUGAAGCGCUCGCCAAAGGCGCAUCUCUUCCAUUUUUACCCCGUGCUGUGCGAGAUCGUGGCGAUCCCGCGCAAGACGCCGUCUGCGUGGGUCAUCGCCGACCAGCCACAGACACCGACAGAGACCCCGACGCCUCCGGGGACGCGGAGCGUUAUAAGCUGGAGCAGAGAUGGGGCGCAUGGGGCGGGCGAGGGGCGCGCGGUUGAGAUGGAUGCGAGGAGUUUGGUGAAGGACUGUUUGAAGCAGGUUGGGAGGGAGAUGGGGGUGGGCGGGUAAUAGAUGGGUGGCUGCGUGUCCGUUCGAUAGGUCCUUAGGUGAUGCUAGAUUCUGGAUCUCUCGGGUAUGCGUUUGUACAUAUGCGGACUUGUUCUAUCGUACAUUUCGAACAAUCUAUCGUAGACGCUAUCCCUCGUGAGUGCUCGGUACUCAGGACUCAGUGCGGCGGCCCAGGAGGCAGCGGCACGUCCUCCUUCAAGUCCUCCUCCGUCGCGCCGAGGACGGCGAGGAGGUCCGUCCGUCCGAAUAUCCUGGCGGUCUGGAUGGCGGUGGGCGUGCCGGCGCGGGGGUCGGCGUGGCCGUCGACGAGGACGCGCACGGCUGCGUCGGCGCCUUUGAAGACGGCGCCUGCGAGGGGAGAUUGGCCGUUGUCGUUUACGCGGUUGGGGUCGGCGCCCUUGGCGAGGAGCGCGCGGGCGAGGUCGGCGUGGCCGCUGUAGGCGGCGAGCAUCAGGAGGGUGUUGCCU